GUUAAACGUAGCUCGAUUGAAUUCUCUAGGAUUGGACACUGUGACAACUGUACGAGGAAUUCGGUGAUUGAAAGAUGAAUGACAAUUGUAUGAGGGAUUCGGCGACUUGAACAAUAUGAAAGUAUAGAAAUAUCCAUGGAGAAUUGAUCACAGCAGCCUGCUACACCAUAGUCUUCAAACACAUUCUUCAAUAACUCACUCACCAAAGCCCUACAUCACCGCCUAAGACGCAACUCAACCAUCACCAUGGUCGCCUUCAACACCCUCAUCACCCUUGCUCUCACCCAACUCGCCAUCACCGUAUCUGCCGGUGACUGCAAAACCCACCAGCUCUACUGCGGCUCGACUCUUAAGUGGCGCGGUACGUCUCCCUCCCAUUCCCCCCACAUCCACCACUUUUCCUGCUGUUCACUUCCUAACACAAUCACAGGCUGGACCAACUCUGAAAUCCAGGGCAAGGUCCUGCAAGACACAUGGAACAAUGGCCAGUACCCUGCUGUCGACCAGAUCGACAAGUCCCUCUUCAAGUGUGCGGGACAAGGCAAGACGCUCGUUUGGGCUAAUGGACGUACCCCCUGUGGCAACUGUGUUGAUGGCGGAGCCGGCAAGCCCGACUACUGUGCUUAGAUUGCUCAAUCUUCCGAGUGAAAAAUGUAGUGUCUGGGGGAUUUU